AUGUCGAAGCCACCUUCCAGAGUUGUCUUCGUGGGCAACAUUCCCUAUGGCCUUUCCGAGGAGCAGAUCAGCGACAUCUUCAGCAGCGCCGGCAAGGUCCUCAACUUCCGCCUAGUCUACGACCGCGAAACCGGACGACCCAAGGGUUUCGGCUUCGCAGAAUAUCCAGACAAUGACUCCGCGGCAUCGGCUGUCCGCAACCUGAACGACUAUGAGAUCAUGGGAAGGAAACUCAGGGUCGACUUUUCCAAUGAAGGCGGCAGUGACGACAACAAUGAUAGCCACGGACACGUGCGUAUAGAGAUACAGCCCGAUGGCGGCAACCCCUCCCACGCUUCGAACGGAUACAACCCUGUCGCGCCGCCGAUGCAGUCGAGUACGCUGCCUCCUCUCCCAGCCGGCAAGGAGCUCCCCCCAAAUGUCACAGCAACCGACGCCAUCUCACGGACUCUCAACACCCUCCCCCCGUCUCAACUUCUCGAUAUCCUCACACAGAUGAAGGCACUGGCCUCUACCGACCCCGCCAGAGCCACGGAACUUCUCCAACAGGCACCACAACUGGCAUACGCCGUCUUCCAGGCCCUGCUGCUCAUGGGUCUGGUAUCUCCUGAGGCGAUCCACUCCGUCAUCGAACCCGGCGGCGCUCCCCAAGCUCCCUACGGCGCACCUCCGCCGGUUGCCGCACCCCUCGGUCAGGAUCCCGACGCGCUCAUGCGGCAGGUUAUGGAACUGCCGAUGGAGACGAUCAACAUGCUCCCCGAGGCAGAGAGACAACAGAUCCUGGCGCUUCGCGCAAGCUUUGGUGGACAAAGGCGAUGA